GUGCGGAUACUCUCUCUCUCUCUCUCUGUGUAGAUGAUGAUGGAUCGACCAUAGCUUGUUCUUCAGAGCCAUAGCCGGUGAGGCAGGUCUGCGCAUACUAUCAGCUUCAUUCAAGUUGGCGUUGUUGAUCGCGGGAUUUGCUCACUGUGAGCCAGCUGAAAGCUGAAAAGAAGAAGCCCAAUCAAGGGGGAAAAAAGGGAGGAACGGGUAUAGGGUGUACGCAGCAGGGAAAAAAAAUAAAAUAGGGGAAGAAGAGAAGGAAAAAUAUAGAAACGCUGAGCGAGUGUAAUAGGGAAUAGGGAAGAGAAAGAAGUUGGGAACGACCGUACCGUACGGCGCGGGUAAUGGCUGUCGUUGCUGAAGAAUACUACGGGCAUGAUGAGGCCGGGAUAAGGACGGCAGCACUAUGUACGGAAUCGGCGGUUGAUGCUGGAGCCGUGCCGAACGCCAGUCGCAGGAUUAAGCUCAUCAGAGAACGGAAGGUGAACAGUUCUGCAUGGCGGAAUAUAAGGCUGGCGUUCUUGCCCGAGGGCUACCCAAACAGCGUAACCCCAGACUAUCUUCCAUUCCAAACGUGGGACACCCUUCAGGGUUUAUCCACUUAUAUUAGAAGCAUGCUUUCCACUCAGGCGCUCCUGACGGGCAUAGGCGUGGGACAGAAUACUGCAUCGGUUCUGGGGGCAACAUUUCAGUGGUUUCUGCGUGAUUUCACAGGGAUGCUUGGAGGCAUAUUGUUCACCUUGUUUAAGGGAUCCAACUUGGAUAGCAAUGCAAAGCAAUGGCGAUUGACUGCCGACUUUAUGAAUGACAUUGGCAUGGUGCUUGACCUCUUAUCUCCAAUGUUUCCGUCCGUCUUUGUAUUCAUGCUCUGUAUGGGGAGCCUCUCAAGAUCCAUCACGGGCGUUGCCAGUGGGGCAACCCGGGCAGCGUUGACUCAGCAUUUUGCACUUCGCCAGAAUGCUGCCGAUGUCUCAGCCAAGGAAGGGAGUCAGGAGACUCUGGCAACGAUGGUGGGAAUGCUGGUGGGCAUGCUAGUGGCAAGAAUCACGUCCGGACAUGUUCUUGCUAUUUGGGGCUGCUUUCUCAUCUUGACGGCUUUCCACAUGUAUGCUAAUUACAGAGCGGUCAGUUGCCUCUGCCUUACCAGCUUGAAUCGGGAGAGAGUUUCCAUCCUCUUGAAGGCGUUUGUGAGCAGUGAUAAGGUGCUUACUCCACGGCAGGUCGCGCAACGUGAGCAAAUACUCCCAUUGCCGUUUAUUUCAUUUUGGAAUAAAUGGAGUGUGAAAACCGGUGGCAGAUAUGAUCGGUUGAUCAAGUUCGGUGUGCGACUCUCGUCAGUUGACUUUGGCCCAAGCUUUGAGAAAUUACAUACUCUGCAGGAACAGUAUAAGACAGAGAAGUACAUGCUGGUUCCUGGAAGUGCGUCCAUCUCUGUCGUUCUCCACAGGCACGCGACAUCGGGUGACAUUUUGCGCGCCUACGUCCAUGCAUUGAGACUUGUGGACGAGCUUGAAUCUUUCAGACGCGGCCAGCUCAAGGAUACUUCGGGGUACGACUCAUCUCAGUGGAUGAGUGAAGUUUAUACAGAUUUUAUUGAUGGGCUGAUGAAGGCAGGGUGGAUGACAGAUCGUAUUCUCCUCAGACCAGGGGAAUGGCGCGCGGAAUGGCGGUUCUCCAGGAAAGGCGAUUGACUUGCACUUUUGGCUUGCCAUAGCCACUUUCACCGUCUUGUGAACAUUAAUCACUCCUUGCUUACGACUCCUUCCCCCUGGUCAUGCAUCCAUACAAACAUCGAGCAUGUGCCACGUCACCGUCGAACGUAUCCUCCACGUGCAUGUUGAAUCCAGGCCAAAGCCAAGCUUGUUUCCCAGAAGUAUGUUUGUGUGUCUUAUUUGAACAGUUUCAGAAAAUUUGAUGUUUUGCACCCUGACAUCCAGGUUGUCUCGGAGGCUAUCAGGUAGAGUCAUCUGGAUCUGGGUCAGGAUCGA